CAUAAUUUCUCAACCCAAAAACCCUAACCAUACCCGUGCUCUCUCCCUCCCUCUCGGCGUGCUUUCUCCCAGCGUAGCACAGCACCCGCCGUCCUCUUCUCCUCGACGGCAGCAGCGGCGCAGCACAGCCCCCCCUCUUCCUCGGCGACGACAACACCUUCUCCUCUCAAUAUGGCUUCCUCUGAUAAAGCUUCAGAAAACUCAACCUCUUCCUCCUCCUCGAAUGCUCCUCAUCUUGCCUUCACAACAAUCUCCAACGUCAAGCUUCAUGUCCCGAUUCAGCUCAGCUUUUCUCAGCCCAACUACAAAAAGUGGAGUCGGCUAUUUCUCCUCCUGGUGCGCCGAUUCACCCUACACGGCUUUUUCUCGGGUUUUUCAUCUCCCUCCUCUACUGAUGAUGAUGAAUGGUUCCAGCUCGACGCCCUGAUCCAAGGAUGGAUUCUCUCUACUAUUUCUGACGAAGUCUCAGAUCUAGUCAUCUCUACCACCUCCACCGCUGCUGAAUUAUGGCAGGGUACGAUGACUAUGGCCACGUAUUUUCAAACACUUUGGAACAUUGCUGAUUGGUUGGAUGACGUCGACGCCCUGGUCUCUGAGUCUCAACUCGUGCUCCAAAUGCUUCGGGGGCUGCCCGAAGAUCUUCAUGCUCAGACGUCGUUCCUACAAUUCCAACAACCGCUGCCCAACUUUCUUCAGACCCGAUCCGCCCUCCUACUCCUAGAUCGGAAAUGGCAAAGCAUCGCGGACGACGCCAGGACAGCCCUCCUGGCCGGCAGAACCGGCGGCCCUCCUUACGGCUCCAGCAGCGGCGGCUUCGGGCAUGGCAGUGGAGUGCCUGGCAGCGGGCACAGCGGCGACGGUGGUGGCCGCGGACAGCAGGGGAGCAACUACGGCCGUGGUGGAGGCGGUCGUGGACGUGGACGAGGAAGAAACUCUGGCUCGCAACGACACCCGCAUGACGGCUACGUACCUUAGAACAACUCACCGCAACCCAACCCCAGCUCGGGUCUCCUCGGCCCGUGCCCACCCAACCCUACUCAUCCCAAUGCCCACGCCUACUACACCUACAACCCUAACCCUAACCCUCCACCCCAACCCUACGGCCAAACAACCUACCCAGCCCCAACCCUACCCCCUUACCCAACAGCCCCCCCAUACCCAUCACCCUACCCGCAAACACCACCCCCCACCCGCAGGCUCCCAACCU